UUAAAGACAUUAAGCGGUUCUUUUUCUUUUUCGUUUUCCCCUGGUGCUUUCAUGGUGGCACAUGCUAUUGGUGACAUAAUAACUGGUGAUGUGGUGGAACCUGAAGUGGUCGUAAGUGCAUCCCCAUCUGUCGGAGGAUUGUUAGACUCACUAACCGGCAGCAUAGGAAUAUCAAGCAUCUCCUCAAGGGCGAAACCUGUAGCUGCACGAGUUGCAUCCUCAACCCCUUCCGGCAUUGCGGCAACAGGAACUGUUACAUCGGAUGCUCACAAGACUGGUUCUAGGCCUUUAGAUAAAGAUGCUUUCCGAAAUUUCAUAAGUAGCUCAAUGCCAUUUGGUUGGUACUUCUUACUUAAUGGAAGAUUGUCAUGGGUGGGAGGGCCCUCACCAAAAGUAUUGAGGCAACUUUCCCUGGGAAAGUUCAGUUUGCACCAUGGAAACCUCAAAAAUCACCUAUCUAGUUCAGCCUUUGGAAGCAUAGCUGAUGAAGAUAGCAAUAUUGAGACAGAUGGUAACAACAAUAAUAUGGUAAAUGUAGAUGAGUUCCUAACGGAAAAAAUGAGCAAGGAUCUUCAUCCAGCUGAUUUGGAGGAGGCAUUUUCCUGGCAUGCAUACAAUUACGCCAAGGUACCUGCUUCCUCAUUGUUUUUUAUUUCUUCUCAAAAAUCAGUUGGGAUGUCUUGCAACAGAGAGCGAUGUAUUAUCCAAAAAAGUCCGUUAGAAAUUGGAGAUAUGGCUUCCAUUCUAUUGGUCGUAUAUUGGAAAUUAGAUUUGUAUUCAGUCUCUGUUAUUGUUAUUGCCAGUGUCUGUGAAUUGAAUACUAAAAUAGUAAUGAUAAUACAAAUUAUGUCGAGUGUAUAUUUUUUCUGUGUCAGUCAAGCACACUUCUGGACGUUAAAGUGUUUAAGCAUUUAUCGAAGAUCAAGCUUUAACAGAGGAUGGCGUUUUCUGAGUCAUGUGUAUAGGUGUCGGUCAAGAUUGUUGGAGCUUCAUUGUCUGGAAUGUCAUUGGAUCCAAAAUCUGUAAGUUUUGCUUCCUCUAAUUC